AUGAAUUUCAUUACAGCAGCAAAAGCAUACACAAAAACAGAAUGUGAACACUACAUGAGAGGCCUUGAUAGAGUCGACAGACGCAUUAGACCCUAUUUAGAGAAAGCCAAGUAUGAAACUUGCGCAAGACCAUACUCACCAACAAAAAGAUACACCAUGAAGACAUCCAACAUCACAGAAUCGCUCAACGCUGCACUAAAAGUUGCAAGAAAUCUCCCUAUUGAUAUCUUGGUUGAAUGCCUUAGAAGUUUGGUUCAAAAGUGGGUUUGGAACAACUCAAAUAAUGCAAACGAAACAUUCACAAAAGUCUCUACAACAACAGAAAAUGAGUUGAGACAUGACAUUGUUUCGAAAAUGAAGUAUGAGGUCUUGCCUUUCAACCCAAUAGAAUAUCAAGUUUGUGAUGAAAAUGGGACCAAUUUCACAGUAAAUAUACACAAUAGAACAUGUAUUUGUAAUAGGUUUCAAGAAGAUGAAAUGCCUUGUGGGCAUGUAGUAGCUGUAAUUGCAAAGAGAAACUCGGGAGUGUAUGAUUACUGUGCAAAGUUUUACAAAACAGAAACAUUGAAAGCAUUGUAUGAAGAAAAUGUUCAUCCUUUGCCCCAUAAAGAUGAAUGGAUUCUCCCACAACACUUAGACAUAGUGGUGCUCCCUCCAAAGGCAACAAUCCAUGCAGGAAGACCAAGAAAUAAAAUAAUAAGAUCAAGAGGGGAACCAAAAGUAAUAAUCACCUGUGGAAAAUGUGGGCAACCAGGACAUAACAGGAAGACUUGCAGAAAUCCACCAAUUGAUAAGGCAAACAAGCAGAAAAAGCAAAAGACAUAG